UAUAUAUAUAUAUUAAUUCACCAAGUGCGCGCAAAACAAAAUAAACAAAAAAUAGCCCCAGUUAAUUAGUAUAAAUACUAUACUCGACAAUUAUUUAAAAUAUAUCUGAAAUAUAUAUUUCAAAAAUAAUCAAACCCAUACAACAUGUUCAGCAGAAGUCACAUCGUUUUGGCCAGCUCUUUGCUGUUGCUAAUCGCCCUGCCAGUAAUUCGCGCCGAUCUCAUGUGCUAUGUGUGUGACGAUUGUGCCCAGCUGCCCAAGGAUGCACCCCUGUUGGCCUGCAAUGAGGAUUUCUUUAAUACUGGCGGCAGCACAGAAGCCUCCACAGUGACCACCACCACAACCACCGAAGCGAGCACCACCACUUCGCAGGAAACCACAGUGACUCCAGCUGAGACAACCACUACGAGCACAAGUGUUAAGACGGAUCCACCAGCCACGGAGUCCACUACUACCACAGUGGAGACCACCACUACUGAGCUGACCACCGAAACUAUCCCGAGUACCCAGAGUACCCAGAGCACUGAGGCCCCCAUUCCCACGCCACCCACCGCCGGACCCGUUGAGACGACCACCGGAGUGCCCACGCCACCCAACGAGGAUCUGGCUGCUCUGGCGGUGGCCUUGAACACCACCCGCCUGGUGCCGGUGGAGGCGGAGACCACCACCCCCUCCCUCCCUCUCCCUCUGGCCGUCAGGCAGCGGCGAUCAGUGAUCGACACCGGAUACACCUAUCACUGCUAUUCCGUCGAGGUUACAGUGAACGGCUCAAUGACCACAGAUCGUGGCUGCUCCCGGGUGAGCACCUUUGAGGGUGUCUGCGAGCAGUUGAAGAUCCAGAACAACAACACGGAGCAGGCCAACUGCAAUCCCUGCAGUAUGAAUGCCUGCAAUGGAGGAUCGACGCUUCAGAAAUCCGUCCUGGCCUCCCUGCUUUUGGCCUUUGUGGCCUUUGCCCUGCAGCGCAACUAGGGUCCAGAUCAUCAUCUAUCACCCGGUGCUUUAUUCUAGUAUUCCUCGUUUCUUUGAGGCGAACACCCACUCAUCAGUCCGCGCUCAUUGUUAAGUGAUUCGAAAAUUUAUAUAAUUCUAAGAUAUACACAAACGCACAUGCACACACAACCGAAUAUCGAAAUAUAUACAACUGUAAUUGUAUACAAACUUAAUCUAACCAAAUGUUAAGCUUCAGGCGACUUAAUAAAUAAUAUGUAAUUUUUAAA